UCUUCCUAUAUAUUGACGAGCUCCAACCCAAAGCAAGCACAAUAUAUAAACAUUCUAGAGAGAGAGAGAGAGAGAUGGUGAGGAACAAACAAGUGACAUUGAGAGACUAUGUAAAUGGUGUUCCAAAAGAGUCGGACAUGAUUGUGUUGAGCUCAGACAAGAGUGUUGUAGCUUUGCCACAAGGUUCCAACGCAGUGGUGGUGAAGAACCUCUACUUAUCAUGUGAUCCUUACAUGCGACAUCUAAUGACCAAAUCUACUGAAGCUCAUGUGAUCCUUAAUAGCUAUUCUCCCGGUUCCGUCAUAAGGGGUCACGGAGUAGGUAAAGUUAUGGAUUCAGGGCACCCAAAAUUCAAGACAGGUGACUUCGUCUGGGGAAUAACUGGAUGGGAAGAGUAUAGUCUCAUUACGACGCCUGAAGCACUUUUCAAAAUUGAACAUACAGAUGAUGUAGUCCCCCUCCACUACUAUACAGGAAUCCUCGGUAUGCCUGGUAUGGCAGCUUAUAUUGGUUUCUAUAAGAUUGGUGCCCCCAAGAAAGGAGAAUAUGUUUUCGUAUCUGCAGCAUCAGGUGCAGUUGGCCAACUGGUUGGGCAGUUUGCAAAAUUAAUGGGCUGCUAUGUUGUUGGAAGCGCGAGUACUAAACAAAAGUUUGAUCUGCUAAAGAAUAAGUUUGGAUUUGAUGCGGCUUUCAAUUAUAAGGAGGAAGACGACUUGGAUGCAGCUUUGAAAAGGUAUCUUCCCCAAGGCAUUGACAUCUACUUUGACAACGUUGGAGGGAAGAUGUUGGACAACGUACUUCUCAAUAUGCGAAACCACGGCCGCAUUGUUGUCAGCGGAAUGAUCUCCGAGUACAAUCUCGAGCAACCCGAUGGAUUGAAGAACACGAUGUGCCUCGUCUACAAGCGCGUUCGGAUGGAAGGAUUUUUUGUUCACGAUUACUAUCCGCUUUACCCCGAGUUCUUUGACACAAUGUUGUCGUAUAUCCGAGAAGGGAAAAUUUUGUACGUUGAAGACAUUUCCCAAGGCCUGGAGAGCGGACCAUCAUCCUUUAUAGGGCUUUUCACCGGCCGCAAUGUCGGGAAACAGAUUGUUGCGGUUGCUCGAGAAUGAUUUUUUCACCCCUUCUCUUACCGUCAACGUGUUUGGUUCUUGAUGCAAAAACAUAAUAAUUUUACUCUAGAAAUGAAGGGUUAUCUUAAUUAGUUCAACGUUAUCUUUUGGUUUUUAGUCAAUGUCCUUUAGUUUUUGAUUUAUCUAGUAAGUUGUGUCUUUGGUUUAAUAGUGGUCUAGGCAUUUGAAAGGUUUGUGUUGGAAAUUGUUGAAUAUUUAGUAUUAAUCUUGAAGAAGAGUACUCUCAUCUUUGUAAUCCCUAUAUAUAUAGUUGAUCCAAGGAAAUGAGAAGGGAGAGUUGGUGUUUAUGAAAAA